AUGCACUCGGAUGAGUCGUCUGUGCCCAUCAACAUCCGUGGAAAAGGUGGCACUCCGUUAAUGGCGGCAACGUCCACACCCCACCAUUCACACAUACGAACGAUAGACUCCAGAUCCUCCUCUGUGUCCAGUCUAGGCGUCAGCGAGACUUUCCACGAUCUGAUCACUAGAAAUGCUAAGUUAACUCAUCGGACCGAUACGGAUGCAGGCUUGGAACAGUCAGAUUCGGAAUCAGACUCCUCUGUUGAGUCUGACACAGGCUACAAACGGUUCUUCGGACUUGGAUUCGAACCCCUGUUGCACCAGACUACGCCGAUCGAGUCACCAGCACCUUCCUCUAAGCAGAACUCGCCAGCGCUGUUUUGCAUGGAGAUUGGAGAUCCGAACCGGACCCCGAAUACACCUUCUGUGAGUCGGUUCUCAGACGCGGAUGAAUCGUCCUCACCAUACCAUUCCUUACAAUUGACACCUUCUCACGCGGGGAAGCCUCCUUCAGCGACACUGGCAUACCCACCAAAAUCACCCAGUAUCAUUUUCAAGAAGCUGAUGACGCGAAACUCCGCGAUGACCCAUUUGAAAAGUCUCAAGAGGAUCACUCGUGAGUUACAGAAUGAGAUAUCUCCUUUGGAUACUGAGAUUCGCCACGAGGCAGUGGUGACGUUUUCCUUCAAGGACGACGACGAGGCUCUUGAACGGGAUGAUAAUCUGAAACGGUAUGAAAUUGUGAAUCGAGCUAACGAAGCCUGGAACCACAGACGAAGCUCUGUAGGAGAGGCACCACCCUCACCAGCAGCGGGAAUAACAGGAAGGCUCCAGGAGGUGAUUCACGGCGUGAAGAGGAAACAAGCAGAAGAUGAGACAUUGUCUUCCAAAAGAAGGGCUGUCUCACCGUUGAUCACGAGUAGGAGGAACUCCAAACUGAUUCAGAAUGCGAACGAAGACUUUGAGAUGUUGUCGUUGCAAUGA